AUGUCUCGCUUCAAAAACGAAUCCGCCAUCCCCCUCUCCCUCGAAACCCUCUGGUUCACCCACUCACCUCCCACAUUCCCCUAUCCCGCCCUACGCCAGCUCGGCACAAUCCUCAACGCAAACUAUGCCUGGGAAAGCACACCCAGCCUCACCCCCGGCAUCGGCACAGAACACAUCUUCAUCGGCGCCGUAGCUUGGGCCGAAGACUCGGCCUCGCCCACCCACCCCCCUGGGCCCAGCGGCAUAAUAACCAAGAUCCGAGUCCGCUGGUUCUCCACCUCACCCUCCUCCGCGACGGCAGAAGUAAAAAACAUCUUCCCCACUACCACCACCACCCACUCCGCCAGACAGGAAGUAACCGACACAGACCUCCAGCUGGCAUCAGACUGGUACGCCCCUAAUAUCCUAGCAUAUGUCAAAUCACACGUCGGACUCACGAUUGGCGACGGCGAGUGUUGGACCCUAGCGUACAAGGCGCUGCAGCACGCUGGCCAAAAGGCAUUGCGUGAAGGCAGGGAACCGCCUAUGUUAAGCACGGGGCGCGUCCACGGGUGCUUGAUUUUCGAAUGGACUGCUUGCGCAGAGUAUCCUAUCACGUACAGCAGCGGGAUACUUGGACAUGUUCCCACGGGUAUACGAGCAGGCGAUAUACUUGAGUUAAACGACGGGCGGUUCAGAACUAGAUAUACCGCGCUAGCUGGGCUGGGCCUGGUGGGUACGCAGCAUGAAGAGAAUGUUCGGUUCAGCGCUCAUACGGCUGUUAUUGUUGCGGUGAAGAUGGAGGAUAGCACGUUGGGUGUUGUUGAGCAGAAUGGUCGGGCGCGCUGCGUGGUGGCGGAGAACGAGUAUAAUUUGUCUAAUAUGGUUAGUGGUGUGGUGAGGAUAUAUCGACCUAUUGGUGUCUCGUUGGUUAUGGGUUCGAAUUUGCAUGAUGUUUCUCUCGUGGGCGUGUGUGAUGAGUGGUAG